AUUCAGCUACGUUUUUUUUUUCUUUACAUAGCCGAAAACUUUCUGACGAAGCAAAAAAUGAAAACGCGUGGACGUUUACAUCUUCAUCAUCCAAUAUAAAUCAACUCCAUAACUAUUUCUCCAUCUAAGACAAAAUCUACUUAAAGUUCAAAAAUACUUUUAAUUUAUCAGCAAUUUAUCCAAUCAUGACAGGCACAGGAGAGGAAAAUCAACCCAAAGUUGAAGAAUCAGAGCCUCAGAAACCCUCUGUUACUUCUUCUUCUUCAGAUCCACAAGCAGCAGAAAUAGAUCAGCAAAAAUGGGGCACCCAUAUUAUGGGUCCGCCUGCAAUUCCAACUUGUCAUCCAGACAAUCAGAAAGCUGCCUUAUGGAGAGCUGAGGACCAACGAGAAGAGUUUCACCCACAGCCUUACGUUGUUUAUUCUCCAAUUGAUCAGAGGUCUAGCAACAAUCCAUUUGAAUCUGUUGUUAAUAUGUUCAAUUCUUGGGGUAAUAAAGCUGAGACCAUCGCCCGCAACAUCUGGUAUAAUCUGAAAGCUGGACCAUCAGUCACAGAAGCGGCAUGGGGAAAACUUAAUUUGACAGCCAAGGCGUUGACAGAGGGAGGAUUCGAGCCACUUUACAAGCAGAUUUUCCCUGCGGAUCCUAAUGAGCAGUUGAAAAAGACAUUUGCUUGUUAUCUUUCCACAGCAACUGGUCCUGUUGCUGGAACUCUCUAUCUCUCAUCUACUAAAGUUGCUUUUUGCAGCGAUCGACCAUUAUCCUUUAAAGCUCCAUCUGGUCAGGAGGCCUGGAGCUACUACAAGGUAGCAAUACCGUUGGGAAACAUUGGCACUAUAAACCCAAUAGUGAUGAGAGAGAAUCCACCAGAGAGGUAUAUUCAGAUUGUUACAAUCGAUGGUCACGAUUUCUGGUUCAUGGGGUUUGUCAAUUUUGAGAAAGCAAAACAUCAUCUUCUUGAAACCUCGUCAAUUUUUAGAGCCCAGCUUCCUCCUGUUGGGGAAGUAAAUGUGCCACAACCAGCUAGUAACUAGGAAAAAGUGGCCUGUCAUAGAUUUACUUAUUAUAUUGGGAUGCACUGUGUUUGUAGUCGUUUUUCUCUGUUUUUUUUCUAUGUAUUUAUUGUAAUAUUACUUGUAUGUUCCACUUAUACAUAUAGUUGGGAGGGACUUUGUUUGUAUUGAUGGAAAUUGCACGUUCUUCAGCUGAAA